AUGCUGAGCAAGUCCCGGUUGUUGCCUUCGGCUUCGCUGCGACUGGGCAACAUCGGGGGUGGGGAGAUUCAAUUUGAAGCGCUGAUAGAACAAGUGGCUGUUACCACCGAAUUGGCCUCGAGACGACCAACUGAAGAGAUGGAGGCAAUUGUAUUUUCUUCUCCGUCUUCUUCUUCUUCGCCUUUCAACUCCUCCCGUUUCUUACGGACUCGGUACCGUAAUCCCGCAAUUACUCGAGAGCGGGAAGGCAGGGGGUGGUCUUGUUCCAGGGGAAUCCUUAUUAGCCAAUCAACGCGACCUUCCAAUUAUCCAAUAAUUAAUUUAGGGGAUUCAUACCUUGUGGCCAGUGAUAUCAGUCAACUACGACUAACCUUAAGCGAAUUGAAAAAGAAGAAGUUUGUUCCACGGCCCCGUGACUACACCCAUCUGAUACUUGAUGUAAAAAUUUUUUCAAUUGACGCGGCUUUGGUAAAGGAACAUUUUAUUUACAUUUUUUAGAGUAUAUCAAUUGGAUUAAUCAAGACGAAAGAAGAUGCCUUCAGAAUUGCUUCCCAUUGUCAGAAUAGACUCUCCAGAUCUGUUGAUGAGAUUCUGGAAGCUCUUCGUCAGAGUCAACUUAUUGGAAUUGAGGAUAAUGAGGAGAUUACAGUGGCUAUUACACAGCUCGGGUCUGCCAUCUCAUCUAGUUUCUUAACUCCAUCAGAAGGGCAGUUUAUCUACAAACAACUUGUGAAAGCCAAUGCAUCAGUUGACCUUAGAACGGACCUACAGCUGCUAUAUUUGGUGGGGUUGGUAUUCAGGUAGUUUUAUUUGAGUUCAGAUUACUCCAUUACCCAAUCGAAUCGGCUUUAAAGGAUUAAAACUUACUAAUUUGUUCAAGUAUUAUGAGAAAUUACUAACACCCACUGAAAGAGAUUCAGCAAAGAAGAUGGGAAUCACCAACGCGUCUUGUCUUAAAUUAUCGUUCGGUCAUAGAGAAGAUGAAGUAAGCAUAUUCUUAUAAUUACUAAUGCCAUUUACAGGUCCAUGGUCGAUUUUACCUUACUUUGGUUCUUAGAGAGUUGAUGGCGAAUAAGCCUGAAGCCGAGAUUCUGAGGGAAUUCGGAUUGGAUGAAAUGCAAUUGGAUCUGUUGAAGACACAGACAGUCGUUUACUUGAGUGAGUGACUUUUUGGGGUUUACUUGAGUGAGUAACACGACAAUCCUGAUUUAGAAACCGUCAUCUCCAUCACUGAUCAACUUGGAUGGCAUUAUUUGAAUAUUUUAAUGAAAUCGUUUGGUCAGAAAGUUGAAAUGACCAUAAGCACUGACGUCAUUGAUCUUAUGCAUUUGUCUGGAAUCGAUGGAGUCAGGGCCUUGGCUUUUGUUGAACAAGGGAUCGAGAGUGUCAGACAGUUGGCGAUGACAGAUCCGCCUAUUCUGGAGAAGAUCUUGAGGCAUACAAUUCCUUUUAAGUAUGCUCUCUUAACUUUUAUCUUCAUGCACAAUCAUUCUGUUAUGUGCUGAACAUCCGGUCAUUACGCAAUGUUGUGGCCGCAUUAUCCCCGUAUUUGGAUAAUUAAUUCCCGAGGACAGAGCAUACUGCAAGAGGUCGAGAGCUAUGUCUGACCUGGGAACAAGAUGCUCUUGACUUAUUUACGGUGAUUAAGACUGCUGACCUCAAUUACCCGCGCCCGUUCCAAUUUCUUGUUGCUCAUGUAUAAUAAUAUAAUGGGCUUUAUUUUAGAGAAGGUGAGAAGAAAGGCGAUAAGAAUGAAUGGCUUCAAGGACAAAUAACCGAUUGUAAAACUGCUGUUCAAACGUUGGUUGCUAAUGCAGAACAGUUCUUAAAAAAUAGGUAAGAAAAUCUGAUAACUGUUUAUCUAGUAAUUAAUAUAAUCAUGUUCAGAGAUUCGGACAAGACUUUUGAAUUUACAAUAAACGAAAGUGAGAGGUCAAUGGAAACUGAGGGUACAAUAUGUUCUCUCAUUUUAAAUAAACGGUAAGUAUGAUCGAUACGUUAAUAUUGUUAGAUCUUGUCUGGAGAGAUUGUGUUCCAAUGCCAAGUUCCUUGUCUUGGAUUAUGUGGAAGACCAUUUACAAAUUUUAAACGACGAUGAAUAUUUUAUGGAAAUGGAUUUUGAUACCCCAGGUAACUUUUAUUCUUGUAUAAACUUUUGAGAAUGCUCCAAGUGCUCCGAGAACGUUGCUGACGAGUUGGAGAAAUUGUUUUCAUCCACUGUCCCCAUUUUUGCAAAGGAUUUGUCCUUGUUAUUCUACCAGUGUAAACAUCAUUUCCUAUCAGUAUCUUUUAUCCAAGAAAAUUGGACUUCCUUCUUGAGCAAAUUUCAUUGUGUUUUAUCAAUUCUGAGAGUCAGAAACAAAAGUUUGGAUCCAGACCCUGAAGGUCUUGGCUCAUAUUUUGCUAACAUUGCAUCUCGGUGAGUUCUGCUCUUCGGCUUUUUUAUUCUCAGUUUUUGUAACAAAACGUUAGCCGAACCCUGUAUAUAUCCUUUAUGUCGCCUGAUCAAGAAUGUUAUCCUCUCUCAAAAAAUCUCGGAUCAUAUGAUGAAAUUGACGAGUAUCUGGAAUGAAAGUGUGCAGACCUCCAUUUAUAUGUCGUAUUAUGGCAUAGCAUUGAACUUGGAGCAAGUAUAUCAUCUUCGACAAUCCCUGCAGGUUAUGAUGACAAAGACAGAAGAGAAGAUUUGGAAGUUUACGGACCAGAAAUUCAACGUUUAUAAGGUUUCGUCUACCAGGAAAGUAGGUUGAAUCAUGAAUCUAAAUUUGUCCUUAGGUUUUAUCCGAAUGUAAUGUGUUCAUGGAUCAGAAUUCCCGAGCUCCGGGAUCCGUCGAUGAGUUAAGUCGUACCAAUCAUCCAAUCGCCGAGUUAAUUGUCAGCGCAAGAAACGCUUACACUGCUUAUACGGUAACAACUUCUUGUUGAUAUAAUGUUUUUAAUUACAGCAAUUAGAAGAUAUUUCCUCACAUUGCGACCCAGAUGGGAGAGUUCGUUGUUUCUACAAUACCCUUUCUCAUGCCACCGGGAGAAUCGGAAUCGAGAAUCCCCCAAUUCAAAUGUUAAUCAAGCGAAAGAUUAUCGAUGGACAGUCAGCUCGGAGUGUCUUCACGGCCAAAGACGGGUGUGUUUUAAUCUCGGCCGACUUCUCCCAACUCGAAUUAAGAAUGAUUUUGGCGAUGAGUGGAGAUGAAACACUGGCUCGUCUUAUUAAUGACGAGAUUGAUCCUUUUGAAUAUUUGAGCGCUUCUCUAAGGGAAGAGGGUAUACAUAUUAAUAGAGACACUGCCAAGAAGUUAUUCUAUUCUAUCGUUUAUGGCAUUGGAGCUAGUGCUUUGAGCUUGGACUUGAAUAUUGAUAUCAGAAGAGCCGAACAAUUGAUUUCUGUUUUCUCAACUGUAUUCAAAGGUUACUUUUUACUUCUGGAUAAAAGAUUGUUUAUUUUAAAGGCGUGGAUCAUUGGUUGAGAAGAGUCACUCAGACUGCCCUGGAACGACGUUACGCUUCAAAUAUCUGGGGUCUUGGCGUUGGAUUGGCGUCAAUGAGAUCAACAGAGGCAAAAAGAAGGAUUCCAAAUUAUAUUAUUCAGGUAAAAGUUUUAUUGUUUUUUAAUUAUUAUUUUUCAGUCAUCAGUUACGCAUGCUUUCCGCGUCGCUUUAAACAAUAUAAGAACUUCAUUUCCAAAAUCAAUGGGAGGAAUGGUCCUUCAGAUUCAUGAUGAAAUAAUCUGUGAAGUCAAAAGGGAUCUCAUCCACGAAUCCGUCGAGCUCAUCAAGAAACUGAUGUCGACUUCCCUACUCGGGAUUGAUUUCCCCGUUUCAAUCAAGAUUGGGCCUAAUUGGGGUCAGAUGGAGAAGAUAGAGAGUAGCUGUGAUCAGAAAACUGUUUAA